AGUGCAGAACGGACGGACUCGGGAACGUGUUGGUAAACAAACUUGAAUUAUUGUAGGUCCUCACAAAACGUGGCCGCAUUUGAUUCACAGAUAGCUACUGUGAGUGCAUUACAUUUCUCGGCCAUGCAAGAAUGAAAUUGCAACCUCAACCAGUUAGACCAUAAAUACUCAGCAUUUUUCUUUUCUCAUUCAUCAUAUUAAACGUAAUCGUGAAUCAUGGGAGUUCCAGCAUUCUUCCGGUGGUUAUCAAGGAAGUACCCAUCAGUGAUCAUUGAAUGUGUGGAAGAGAAGGCCUUUGUUGAUGAAAAUGGGCAGUCUGUUCCUAUUGACAUCUCGAAGCCCAAUCCUAAUGGCGUGGAGUUUGACAACCUCUACCUGGACAUGAAUGGCAUCAUCCAUCCCUGCACUCACCCUGAGGAUAAACCUGCUCCCAAGAAUGAAGAUGAGAUGAUGGUCGCCAUAUUUGAGAACAUAGACCGGCUGAUGGGCAUAGUGCGGCCGAGGAAGCUGCUGUACAUGGCUAUAGACGGCGUGGCGCCUCGGGCUAAAAUGAACCAGCAGCGCUCACGGCGCUUCAGGGCCAGCAAGGAGACCGCCGAGAGGAUCAAUGAAGUCGCCAAGAUUAGACAAGAACUCAUUGAAAAAGGGUUUAAAGUACCUCCUGUGAAGCCGAAAGAAGAUCACUUCGACUCUAACUGCAUCACGCCGGGCACACCCUUCAUGGACCGCCUCAGCAAGUGCCUGCAUUACUAUGUACACGAGCGUCUCAACAACCAUCCCAGCUGGAAAAACAUCAAGGUGAUCUUGUCAGACGCGAACUGUCCCGGUGAAGGCGAGCACAAGAUCAUGGACUUCAUCAGACGACAGCGCGCGUCUCCUGACCACGACCCCAACACACAACACGUGCUGUGUGGUGCUGACGCUGACCUCAUCAUGCUGGGGCUUGCCACCCACGAGCCUUACUUCACCAUCAUCAGGGAGGAGUUCAAACCUAACAAGGACAAACCCUGCGAGAUCUGCGGCAUAGGAGGUCACGAACUGAAGGACUGCGAAGGCACCCCUGACGGCAAGCUGGUGGAGGCAGAGAAGGUGUACGCGGAGGUGAACUUCAUCUUCGUGCGGUUGUUUGUGCUGCGCGAGUACCUGGAGAAGGAGCUGCUAAUGAACAACCUGCCCUUCACUUAUGACUUCGAGCGAGCCAUCGAUGACUGGGUCUUCAUGUGCUUCUUCGUCGGUUCGUUAUUUAAGCACAUGCCCCUAGAUAUAGGUAGCAGGGCUAAUGAUAUCACCAUUAAUCUUAUGCGUGACGUGCAGGGCUGGCUGACGGACAGCGGGCGCGUGAACAUGAAGCGCGUGCAGAUCAUCAUGACGAACCUGGGCGAGGUGGAGGACCAGAUCUUCAGGGACCGGCAGCAGCGCGAGGUUGCCUUCAAGAGGCGCAACAAGCAGCGCGCUGCUAUGUCCCUGCAUGCUGGUCCAUACGGUCGGGGCGGGUGGCGGGGCGGCGGUGGUGGUGGCGGCGGCGUGAAGCGCUCAUCAGACGCGAUGGACAGCGACUCUGACGAAGAACCUAACGACGAGGUGCGCCUCUACGAGGAGGGCUUCAAGGACCGCUACUACGAGAGCAAGUUUGAGGUCACGGCCGACGACCUCGCCUUCAGGGAGCUCGUCGCUAAUGAAUACGCCAUAGGGCUCUGCUGGGUCCUCAGGUACUACUACCAAGGCUGUGCAUCCUGGGGCUGGUAUUUCCCCUACCACUACGCGCCUUUUGCUUCAGACUUCAAGAACUGCGGCAACGCUAAAGUUAAGUUCGAAAUGGGCACGCCCUUCAACCCCCUGGAGCAACUGAUGGGGGUGUUCCCCGCUGCCAGCAGAUCCCACGUCCCCGCCCCCUGGGGGGAGCUCAUGUACAGAGUGGACUCCACCAUCAUAGACUUCUACCCCGAGGACUUCAAGAUCGACCUCAACGGCAAGAAGUAUGCCUGGCAAGGAGUCGCCCUCUUGCCCUUCGUUGAUGAGACCAGAUUGAAGCGUGCCCUGCAGGCCGUCUACGACCAAUUGACGCCCGAGGAGCGACGUCGCAACGUGCGAGGCUGCGACCGCCUCUACGUGGCCAGCGCACACCCCUCCUACAAGCAGCUGCGCGAUAUGUACAGGAUGGGCAUGGACAUGCAGACCGAGAUCCCGAUAGCAGGCGAUGAGUUCGACCGAAUAACUGGCAAGAUCUUGCUGUCCAAAGACGUCGUGGGUCAUGGAGAGGGUCUGGAGAGCCCUGUGGACGGCCAGCCAGACCUGAACAACAACCACGUGGUCUGCGUGCGCUACAAAGACCCCACCUUCGCUGAGGACUUCGUAUUCCCUGCCAAACUCUUACCCGGGAUCAAGCCCCCGCCUCGGGUCCUCAAGCCUGGGGACCAGGCUGUGGAUUUGACCCGUGGGGGAGGGAGAGGCAGGGGAGGGUUUGGGGAUAGAGGGCGUGGAGGGUUCAGCAGGGGAGGAGGAGGCUAUGGGGGGGCGGAUGCACCAGGAUCCUAUCGUCCCGUGACAGGAUUUAUGACGAACCUCCCCACCCGCGCGUCUCUCAGUGACGCGGGGCACAGAUUCGUACACUCUACGAUGGGAAGCGCUGCUCGCUUCAACUCAGCGCCGCCCCCAGACUCUUAUCAGACUGUUCUCUCCGCUGAACACAAAGCUGUUUUCUCCGCUGAACACAUCAUACCUGUUUUCUCCGCUGAACACAUAACAGCUGUUCUCUCCGCUGAACACACCAUACCUGUUUUCUCCGCUGAACACAUAACAGCUGUUCUCUCCGCUGAACACAUCAUAAGUGUUCUCUCCGCUGAGCACAAAGCUGUUUUCUCCGCUUAA